AUGGCGGCCUUCGCCCCGCGGAUGGGCGGUGCUUCCUGGUCCGCCGUGCUGGUCGGGUCGCGGUGUCGGUCCCGGUUCGCGGAGGUGAUGGGGGCCCCAGGCGACGCCGGCGGGGCUGGAGCAGGGCCGGGAUCCGGGCCGCCGCCGCCUCCCGGGGACCUGCGCAGCGUCCUGAUCACCAGCGUGCUGAACCUGGAGCGGCUGGAGGUCGACCUCUUCAGGGGCCAGCACCACUGGGUGCCCGCCACGCAGCACCUCUUCGGCGGGCAGAUCGUGGGGCAGGCGCUGGUGGCGGCGGCCCACGCCGUGAGCCGCGACGAGCAGGUGCACUCGCUGCACUGCUACUUCGUGCGGACAGGGGACCCCAAGGUGCCGGUGCUGUACGAGGUGGAGCGGACCCGCACAGGGAAGAGUUUCUCUGUUCGCUCUGUAAAGGCCAUCCAGCAUGGAAAGCCCAUCUUCAUCUGCCAGGCCUCCUUCCAGCUCUCGCAGGGGAGCCCAGUGCAGCACCAGUACAGCAUGCCGACCGUGCCACCCCCCGAGGAGCUGCUGACACAGGAGGAGCUCAUCCAGAAGUUCCUGCAGAAUCCUAACGUGGCUGAGGGAUACAGGAAGCGUCUCACCAAGAUCCAAGCUCAAGAUGUGCCGAUUGACAUUAAACCUGUGAACCCCCCAGAUAUAUUCAGCUCAGAGCCACAGGAGCCGAAGCAGCUCUUCUGGGUGCGAGCACGAGGCUACAUAGGGGAGACUGACAUGAAGGUGCACUGCUGUGUGGCUGCCUACAUCUCUGACUAUGCCUUCCUGGGCACGGCCCUGCUCCCGCACCGGCAGUACCGCGUCAAGUUCAUGGUGUCCCUUGACCAUUCCAUGUGGUUCCACGCGCCCUUCCGAGCUGACCACUGGAUGCUGUACGAGUGUGAGAGCCCUUGGGCUGGUGGGUGCCGGGGCUUGGUGCAGGGACGGCUGUGGCGCAGGGAUGGGGUCCUGGCUGUCACCUGUGCACAGGAAGGUGUCAUCAGGGUGGAACAGACACCAACCCAGAGCAAGCUCUAGCUGAGGACACCCUACAGACAGGGGCUUCAAGCAUGCCCAGGGAGGGACCCUGAGAUCAAGACAGGACCUGGACAGGAACAGGAAGGAGACCAGGUGGGACCAAGCAUUGCAGGAAGUCCUGGUGCCAGAGGUGUCUGCAACAGACUGUGACCAACAGAGCAUCACUGCAACCAGCUGCUAGCUGCACAGCAUGUAAGCACAUGCUGCCAUCAGCUAUCCUUCACCCACCUUAAAAUAAAG